AUGGCAGUACGCCAGAGCCCCACCAAACUCGACCUCGACGACUGGGAGGAGGUCACUGAUAACUUCUCCGUCAUGUCGCUGUCGUCUUCCGACGACGAGGAAGAAGUCGCUCCUACCGCAUCGUCCUCGACGGCACCACGCGGCGCUCCUCCCGACUACACCGAGGCCGAAGCGAACAAGAUACCCGGUAGACUUUCGCGGCCCGACCGAACACAAUCCGUGUCGUCAGAGGUCGUUGGCGAGACCUGUACCCCGCGUGAUGAAGCCCGGUCAUCCACUUCGGUCGGCACUGGACAGGCCCCUGACCGUGUAUACAAGCCCUUGGCUCGUCCUCAUACCAUGGUAAAAGGUUAUCAGCUUCCAACCGAAAAGAUUGCGAAGGCUGUCAGCGCAAGCCAAGAGGCAUCCACAAAUGCUGGAGGGUCUCGUGAGCACACCACUGCUGUUGCUGUGAGCCCUCAAGAACGCAAUUCAAAGCGUCUCGAAUGGUUGGGAAGCCCCUUGCGACACCAAUUCUCUUCACUCCCUGUGCCCCCUAUUCCAAAUGAAGGGAUCCGGGACAGCUGCGAGUCCGCAUACGAUGUCGAAGCCGAGGAGGACAUGUUUUUGAUGCGUCGUCGCCUAACCAGGACCCGCAGUUUCCAGGAAGAUGAAGAGUCGUUGAGCAAACCUGAGGGCACGCUGGGGGAGACUCUCGAUCUAGACGACUCCUCGAUGGAUCCUGUCUUCAUCAGCCAGGCACUCGAGUCAAUGGACGAAUACAUCACGGAUACUCUCAAGCUCACCGACACGCUGCUUGCUGGCCUCAAUAAGUGUCUUGGUAUCACCAGCAGCUGCCACGCCCUGUUGGCGCAGAUCACCGAGCUCCGCCCCAUCCUCGCCGAGUAUGCAGCCCAGUGGGAGAAACCUCUUGGGGCGAAAGACAUACCGCUCGACCCUAGUCUGUCCUUGUGGUUGUCGUCCCUGCGGACCAUCGUCAGGAAGUUGCGGAGGCAGAGCAAACUUUGGCGAGCCCUUGCCAACACUGAGAAGGGCAAGAAGGUCCGAUCAGCAUUGGUCAAGUUGGACGAUGCGCUGGACAAUCACAUGAAGCAGAUGAACGACUUCCUGCCUAUAAUUCAGGUCGACUUCAGCGACUAUCGGACCCAGAACAUGCCUUUCCCCACCGAGGAUAUAGAUGAGGCACACAGGUCCCCUAAGCUUGCAGGCAACAUUCCACCUCGGCCCACUGACCGCCUCUCCCAGAUUCGGAAUGCCAUGUACCGGUUGAAGGACCAGCUGCAGAAGACGGUAGAGGUUCUGGCAAUCAGCCAGAACUUCCUCCCCGCGGCUGCGUCGGGGAGCGCUUCCGAUACUGUGCGACGCUUGGGGUCUACCUUCAAUGCCGUGUCUCUCGCCCUGACUAACAACGGCUCCGAGUGGCUUGAAAGCGACCUCGGCCGCGCCCAAAUCGGGCUGCUCUCCCACGCCGAGUUCAGCAAUCUGGACCCCAACACUCUCGACGGAUUCAGGUGGAGCGACGAGAUGGUGCGCGACCACUACGUGUGCAUGCUUGUCGAGCAGCAGCAGCUCGACGCUCUGGCCAGUAUUGCCUCCGUCUUGGAGGAGCUGAUGAUGCCCAAGCAUCUGAAGACCAGGACGGAAUUCGACGACUUCAUGAAGGACAUGUAG